AUGGCAACUCUUUCAGCCAUCACCAACCUGUUGGGGUCAAGAAGUGCAGUGACGCUGAACACAGCAAUCAAGGAUGGACACUUCAGCGCACCAGCGAUCCCCCUGCAGAUCCUCUUGGUGACUGUAAACAAUGGUAGUGACAAAGGGCACAAGUACUUGCGAUGCUGUUGCUUGUCGCUUCUACGGGGGAGUCAGCUGCGCAAAGCGGAUUGUGGCGACUGCGCGUCGGAGCCGAGCGGUGCAAACAUGGUGCGGCCAAGUGAUAGAUUCGAGGCCUUUCUCCUGUCCAUGCACCCAUGGAGGCGGGGUCCAGGAGAUGCGCUGCAAGCAAUGGCGGAAACGCUGAAGCUCCCGUCCGCUCAGGUUAGCAAAGUGCAGCCCAAGGAGGGCCUCUGGAAGGAGGUAGAUGCCAAGUUGGCGAACGAGGCUUCCGACGAGGCCUACGACGUGGCGAUGGCUGCCCUGGCAAAGGCUCAGCAGGUCCCUGCCGUAAGCUCGAUCGCGACCGUUCGGCUAAUGUCCAGCGGCUCUAACGCCCACGUGCUGCUUGCGAACCUUCCACUCUUUGUUGUCAUUUUCAGGUUGUGGCAAUGGCCGGCACUCUCCUGGCUCUUUACCUCGGACUUGCAGGCUGGCGAGACAUGCAGUUCGAAGCAUUUGAAGGCCGCCUUCCUCUCACCGGGGGACUCGGCGAUGGCACGGACCGAAGAGGGCGUGCUAGCUCCUGCGCCGAGUCGAAGAGAGGGCCUUGCCGGCCUCGCCACCUCCCUGGCACUCCCUUUGGCCGGGUUCUCCGCACCCGUCCGAGCGGAGGAUCUUCAA